CCAGGCUCCUCCCCGCCGCCGCCCCUCGGAGGGGACGUGCACUGGCUCGGCGGGCCAUGGAGGCCGGGUGGCGGUGGCUGCGGGCGGGCGGCAGGACACGGGCCGGGGGCAGCGCCCUGCUGGUGGCCGUGCUGGCGGUGCUGCUGCUGCUGGUGCACGGCGCGGCCGCGGAGGCGGAGGAUCCGCGGCCGCCUCGGCAGCGCGGGGACGAGCAGUGCCACUACUACGCCGGAGGACAGGUCUACCCCGGGGAGGCGGCGCGCGUGCCCGUUACCGACCACUCGCUGCACCUCAGCCAGGCCAAGAUCUCCAAGCCAGCACCAUACUGGGAAGGAACAGCAGUCAUUAAUGGAGAGUUUAAAGAGCUGAAAUUAACCGAUUAUGAAGGAAAAUAUCUUGUGUUCUUCUUCUAUCCUCUUGACUUUACAUUUGUAUGUCCUACUGAGAUAAUCGCCUUCAGUGACAGAAUUGAAGAAUUCAGAGCAAUAAAUACCGAAGUAGUAGCAUGUUCUGUGGACUCAAAGUUCACUCACUUAGCAUGGAUUAAUACUCCGCGAAAACAAGGAGGACUUGGACCUAUGAAGAUUCCCCUUCUUUCCGAUUUGACGCACCAAAUUUCAAAGGAUUAUGGUGUAUAUCUGGAAGAUCAAGGGCAUACCCUUAGAGGCCUUUUCAUAAUUGACGAUAAGAGAAUCCUUCGACAGAUCACCAUGAACGACCUUCCCGUUGGGAGAUCAGUGGAUGAAACUCUCCGUUUGGUACAAGCAUUCCAGUACACAGACAAACAUGGAGAAGUUUGCCCUGCUGGUUGGAAACCUGGCAGUGAAACAAUCAAACCAGAGGAAGCCAUGAGAGUGUGGUGGCCAAGGGAAGAACUAUAAUUCCAGAUCCAGCUGGAAAACUGAAGUAUUUUGAUAAACAAAACUGAAGCUCACUUCUCUUGAAUUACAUAGGUCACGUUCAACUUGAUUUUUGCCAAUAAAAUUUCCUUAAUUUUGUUAA